AGCAAAGAAAGCAAUAAAAUGACACAAAUUACAAGUUGUUUUUAUUUUUUGUAUUUUUUUACGGUAUUAACAAAACUCAGGUAUCUAACCUAGCCUAAACUACGUGUUUUAUUCAAUCAAAAGCAAAUUUCCUGUAUGGAUGUUUGACAUGCCUGUGACAUUUGAGCAGCCUGAGUCCCAUCUAUUUUUGUCACAGCUUCUGUGUGAGAGUUGGACUGCUAACAGAGCUGGCUUGUCGGACGGGACUGUUGGCCUGAAAUGGUUGUUUGGAACAGACUGGAUUGCUGAAUUGUCCAGUCAGUCUCCUCAUGGACCUGUACGAGAUCAGAGGAGGUAGACUGGAUGUGAUUUCAGAAGAAGCUGAGCACCAGGAGUUAAGCAGAGAGUCAACCCCAAUGGAGCCCUACAAUGUGGUUUCAGAAAGAGGAGGAAAGGCGACCCGAGGUGUUUCCACUUUCCAGAGGUUUUCUGUCAACACCAACGAGUCCCUUCGUUUUGAGCCCUGUGAGGAUAACCCUCCUUCUCCCACUGGAGCAGAAGAUGGACGUGAUGAUGAUGAUGUGUUCAAAGAGGGAGAAACCGAGAGUGAGAUUGUCACGACCAGGAAUCGGUUGCAAGGGAAGGUUGCUGAGAUGGAGAACUUUGCAGGUCAUCUGGAGGAAAUCUUUCUCACUGUGGAGGAAAAUUUUGGACGUCAGGAGCAGCACUUGGAGCAGCACUACAAUGAUGUGCUACAGACGCUGUCACAACGAUAUGACGAGAGGGCAGCUGCUCUGGAGGAGGAGAAGAAGAGCAAGCUGGAAGCCCUGUACAAUCAGCUGCUGUCUUGUGGUCAGGCACUGGAUGCCUCUAAGGAGCUCAUUGAGGCGGCCCAGGAGAUCUACCGCAGCCGGGACAAAAGGCUUUUCCUAAAGGCAGUAAUGCCCACCAUUAAAAGAAUCGAGGAGUUUGCCAAAGAGGACGUUGACCUCACAUUGUCUACAAGUCUUGAGUUUAACACACCACUUGCCGACCUGUCGGAUGUGAAAACCAUGAUGGACUCCAUCAAUGUUGUACCAGCUCCAUCUGCCCCAGUAAUCAACCCUCAGAUGCCCAACUCUGCCACCCAGACAUCCCUGCGUGUGUGCUGGAGCUUGUUCUCUGACGACACGGUGGAGUACUAUGAGCUUUACUACAGACCAGUGCUGGAGGAUAUGCCAGCAGACAGCACCUCUGCACCACAUGUAAGCAGGGUAAAAGUGAAGGAGACCCACUGCACUGUGACAGAUCUACUGCCCAAUGCUCAGUAUGAGCUCUGGGUGACUGCUACCAACAUCACAGGCAUCAGCCCAGCGAGCGAGAAGGCUUUAUACAUGACCGUGCCGUCGCCGCCAGUGAUCAAACAGAGGGAGUGUACUAGCUGCCCAGAGGCUGCUCUGAUCCGCUGGGAGUCAGGAAACACCAACCCUGUAGACUCUUACACCGUGGAGCUCAAUGAGAUGGGUUCUGAUGGCACUGAGAGCAGUGUUACUGAGUCUAUAGUAGCCGUGCCCACCUGUCAGUGUCUAAUCCAGCUGCAGACAGGACGGCGUUACCUCAUCUCUGUGAGAGCAGUCAACAUUGGCGGGCCCAGCGUCAGGAGUGAAGUUAUUACCGUCUCCACAGCAGGUACUUUCUUUUAUCUCCUGGAGGACACUGCCCAUCCCUGCCUGUCCAUCUCUGAAGAUGGUUUCACUAUGUUUUAUGGAGAUGAGGAGCUGCCAAUUAGUGCUAUGGCUUUAGAUGAUAACACCUUUACCAGAAGUGUGGCUGUCCUGGGAGAUCUGAUUCCAGUGCGAGGCAGGCACUACUGGGAGGUCGAGGUGGAUGAUGGGACAGAGUUUAGGAUUGGAGUUGCAUAUGAGGACACGGAGAGGAACUCGUACCUCGGAGCCAACAAUACGUCCUGGUGUAUGAGACACAUUCUCACUCCAUCCAGGCAUAAAUAUGAGUUUCUGCACAAUGGUUGGAGUCCUGACUUGAGGAUUACAGUGAACCCAGUGCGGAUAGGAGUGGCACUAGACUACGAGAGGGGGGCUCUGUCCUUCUUUAACGUGGAUCUGGAGCAACACCUACACACCUUCCGCUGCAACUUCCAAAAUUAUGUCCACCCCUGCUUUGGCCUGGACAGUCCUGGAGCUCUUACUGUACACAAUGGUAUAGAGGCUCCCGAGUAUACAUUUAUCUGACACCAGCAAUCAUUUCUAGUAUUACAAUAAAAUGAAAGCCUGGUAGAAAGUAACAAUGUUGGUGGAAAUUAAAAAAAAAAAAAAAAAAAAAAAAAAA